AUGCCGGCGAGGAUUAGGGUGAAUUCUCAGCUUCCGGACCCCGGGUCAGGCAGGAAGUCUGUCCCAGCCCUCCGCCGAACGUCCUCUGUCUCCAAAUCCGCGACUCCUCCCACUCCACCCGAACGACCUACCCCACAACGCACCACCCAGGAGAAAUUCUCCAUCUCGACCACCUAUUCCACUAUCACUGCCAGAGCUCUGUCAUUCCAAUCACAAUUUCUCAAUGGCGUUACUCUGCUUCAACUAGCCCAAUAUGGCUUUCACUACCAACCGUAA